AUGCCGAACUUUAAACCAAACCCAACUGCCUUCGACUUCAAGCCAAGCGGAGAACGCCGCUGGGGUCGUUCUGAUCCUAUGUUUCGAGAACCUAAUCAAAGGCUCGCAGUGUCGAACGACUCUCGAUCUCGGGUACAAUGCCGAUAUUUCCAGCAAGGCCGGUGCCGAAAUGGCGAUUCUUGCCCAUACCUACACGAAAAUAGUGCUACAUCUGAUAAUUCCCUUCAAAAAAUGCCGAAUGAGAUCCCGGCGACAUCAAUACAAGACAAGGUCACUCGUACUAUUUGCGGCGCCUUGGUUCACUUUGAGAAAGGGGCUACCGUCGAAAAGAUAUCAUUGCCAUCAGACUUUUCUACUAUUCAAAUCAGCCAGCUCCGACAAGAUAGUACAAGAAAUUCCAUAUUAGAUCUCCUCCAGUCACACAAGAUUAAGACGCCGAAUGAAACGGAAGUGCGCAUCACUCACGAACGGAAUCUUUGCAGUGCCCUGGUAAAAGUGAGAGAUCCCGAAUUCGCUAAAGACGCCGCGAGAAAACUCAACCCACAGAGGGCUUCCAACCCGGCCCAAGAACCGCAGCCAAUAGCUACUCCAAUACCGAACCCUAUACAGUCGGAUUCAAACACUCUUCGUGUUGACUGCUGCAAGGUCCAUAUAUCUUGGCACAAGCCGUACAGGACAGUGUGGCUCAACUUUGGCAAUGGGGAGAUUGCUGAGCGUGUACGCGACAAUUUUCGAGAUGGAAAAUACAAGAUUUUGAACCAAAGCGUGCACAGCAAUGAUCCGGACCGUGGGGAAGGGUAUCGUAAUCCUCUGGCAUGGACUGUGUGCCUAACGGAAGUGCCAGGUUCCGUAACCGAAUUCGAUGUCAAGAAGUCUAUUUACCAUCAAAAUGACAAGCCGCGAGGGAUCCAACUUGGACGUCCUACAUAUACCGCCGACGAUGAGACAUGUUCAGCAAUGAUUCAUUCAUUAUUUACUUCGAUUGGACCUUUGGACUGGUGGGAAUUCACUCCCGAUACUGCUGGUAAGCGCAUGAAAGCAAGCGCGCGAUUUAAGAAUGAGGAUGAUGCCAGAGAAGCCGCAAUAUCACUCGACAAAAAGCCGCUCCCUUUUCACGAAACUGCCAAGCUUACUACACAGUUAGUUCAUACAGCAAAGUUUAAGGUACAAGUAAAAAUCUACGAAGCAGUCAAAGCCCAACUCAAAGCAAAUAUUAGAAAUUGGAAGGCUUCACAUUUGACUUAUGUGGCUUACGAAAACUCCAGCCCCCCCAAAUGGUAUCUAGUGUUGAAAAUCGAGGGCGAGGUAGAAAAGGAGGUGGCCUCAGCACAAAAGACCAUCACCAAAAUUAUAUCUGGUGUAGUGGCUAGAGAUGGCUCUUCCACCCUGUGGCAUCCGGCCCUAGGCAAGAAUGGGGCGCUUUACGAGCAGAUUAAACAGAUAGAGAGGAGGAAUGGAAUCGCCAUUAUCCGGAACAAAGUUAAAUCACAGCUCCAGUUAUAUGGACCGGAAAAGGCUUGCGAGACUAGCCAAGCUGAGAUUAAUAGACUACUACGAGAUGAGACAUCACAGCAUUUCGAUAUUCAACUUGAGGACCACGAGUUCUCGUGGGCGCUUCAAGGAGGAUUAAAAAGGAUAGAAAAAAGGUUGGGUCCCGAGAAGAUCGUGUUUGAUAUCACAUCAACGCCAAAGCGCAUUACGAUAAUCGGUACUACUGGAGACUACGAUACAGCAACUUCCUUAAUCAAGGAUAAAGAGGAAACAAAACGGGAGAUAAACAUCCAGGAUGGCCAAGAUUGCUCUGUAUGCUGGAAUGAAGUGGAAGACCCAAUCUACACGCAGUGCGGUCACGUCUACUGCCUCGAUUGUUUUGAGAACCUAUGCCUUUCAGCUACUACACAGGCCACGGUCACUCGCAUAUCCUGUGUCGGGAGCCUAGGAAGUUGUUCUAAAACAAUAGGGCUAUCGGAGUUACAAGAACAUCUCUCAUCAAGUUCAUUUGAGGAGUUAUUAGAGAAAUCUCUCGACUCCUACGUGAAACACAAUCCACAUCUGUUUAGUUAUUGCCCGUCUCCAGAUUGUGAAUACAUCUAUCGGAUCAAUGCCACACCCAGGACCCAGAUGUGCCCCAGCUGCCAUGUACUUGUGUGCACGGUAUGCCGAGCUCAGCAUGGAUAUAUGACGUGCGCAGAUUACAAGGAUAUUUCAACCGGCGGGCUUGAAGCUCUUAAAAGAUUGAAGCAGGCUAUUGGUAUCAAAGACUGUCCAAAGUGUAAGACUCCUAUGGAGAAGAUCGAUGGGUGUAACCACAUGGCCUGCCCAUGUGGCGCCCAUAUCUGCUGGGUUUGUUUGAAGACUUUCACGGCACCUAAUGAUUGCUACGACCAUAUGAAUAAAGCACACGGCGGAAUUGGGUUCAAUGAGCUUCAGGAGAGGUUUGGUUAA